UUUGUGGCUGCUGCUGAGUUCUUUGCCGAGGCUGCCGUGCCGGGACGUGGGUUGGAGAUAGACGCGUGCGAGUAGACUGGGAGGGAUAUUUCGUUGGGGUUUUCCCCUUAAGUUUGGCGGCCGCCAUUGAUUUCCUUGAAUGCGGGAACCCACGUCCGGUAGCGGGUAAGGAAGCCAGCAGUACACUCUCAUUUUAAUGUUGUUGAUGUGUGUCUUCUUGGUAUUGCUAUGUUCGCCGGGGAGGCCUUCAUUCAUGUGUAUAAGUUGACUACUGGUCCCCCGGCGCUAUUUGUGUGUAAAGUGAGCGCGUGUGUGAGUAAGGGGUAGGAGAGCAGGUCACCUCCCAUAUGACUAUCAUACUGUUUAGCUCUUGACGACGGCUAUGUAUUUAGCGUGAGUGGUAUUGAUGGUAUGUCCUGAUAUUUGGUGUGUAUUUACUGGUGUGGUCUUUAAGUGAUUUAUAUGACUUUAAGGUUUGCAGUGCAAUGAAAUUAUGCAUGUUAUAGGUGCUCAUAUGAAUUGAUUUAAUGCAUGUAUUUAACAACGUUGGUAACCCUGUGCUGAAUAUAUUGUCUUGUUUGAUUGAUGCUUUAUUUCUCUUUCAAUUUAUUGAUUAAAUGUUAGCAUUAAUUACAAAUACAUGAUUAGAAUCGUAACUGUCAUUUCAUCAACCUGCUGUCCCCCCUGGGUUUUAAUAUUAUGAUUGUCCAAAAAUAAAUUUGUUAUAUUUAUACUUAAGGAAUUGUGUAUUUUGAGUGUUUUCCUUGGUUAUUGAGCCCCAGAAAAUCAUUGGUCCAGGAGGGAACCUGUAAGUCACCCGUAGUACGGUGUGGGUGGUUACACAAGCACAGGCCUCGACAGCAGACGAUACCCUGACUAGGAAGCAGCCUUACUCCAAGUGAAAUGAUCCUUUUGGUGUUAGGAUGCUGUGGCAGUGAUUCUUCGAAAGCUUUAUGGUGGACAGAUUCUGCAGGUUCUGUAUGGUGACCAGAGGCGAGAUGCAAGCCAAAGAGAUGACUGCAAACCAGAAGAUGACCUUGAGGGUCAUUCUAACAGAGGCGGAUAUAAGAAAAGUCAUCCUUACCACAAGGCCCUCUACAGUUGAAGAUUUCAUAAGCAAGCUUCAAGAAUCACUGGGACUUCAUUAUAACUUCAGUCUCCAAUACCAAGACCCUGAAUUCAAUAAUGAACUAUGCAAUCUGAUAGAUACUGAAGAACUUCCAGAAAAACCAACAGUUAAAGUCAUGCCUGUCCUUGAGCUGGUACCCGUCUCAUCUGAUGAAGUCUUCAGUGACACACCCAGUACAGCAGAUACAGACAUACUCUCACACUCAUCUCAAGAGCGACAGAAACAGUGGCCAGAAUUUUAUGAUAUCCCUACCUUUUCUGUGGAUGUAGAGUAUAGACUUAGGCAAGCAGAUCUGCUGUUUAUGAGUGAGGGUACAUACCUUAAAGUAUCAAAAGAACUAAAACACGAGAUACUUGAAAGAUUGGCAGAGAGCAUGUAUAGCUACACCGCAUACCCAACUGCUACUCAGUUUGAAAGUGUUGCAGCAGCACUGAUAAACAAGCACCCUUGUCUCCAGGAGCAAGGCUCAACCACUCGCUGUUGUGGUUGGAAAAAUAGCCUUAAGCAUAAAAUGGCUAAUUAUAGAACAAAGCGUAGGCAAUCAGGAUGCCUUGAUGUUGCAGUAAAUGCAGGUAAGCGGGGAAGGCAUUCAGCAGGACAACCAGCUAACAAGCGCAUCAAGAAGGCAAACAAAGGUGAAAUCAACUACUUGCCCAACUUUCCAGAUGGAUUUGAUCAGGCAGCACUGGAGGGUGCCUGUAAAGACUUGGUAGAUGAAAUGCAAAAGAGAACACCAAAUGGACCUCUUGUGAAACAGAAGAUGGAUCAGACCUUUUCUCUGAGAAGAAAAGAGGUAGUGGAGUCGGAACCCGCCAUAAGCACGAUGGUGAAGCGCUGGCCUGCCCUUUUCACUGAAGAUCAAGUGUUCAUGGAGUUCAGCAGGAUUGUGGGCAAGAACCUCAAGCUGGAAUUCUAUGAGAGCAUCGAUCGGCACAGUCCUCGUCUCCUCGAGUUAUUUCGAUCCAAGAGAGGGAAUGUUGGACAGUUGUUGACACAGAUUUCACAACAGACCAGUACUACAGAGCCAACUGCGAUCCGGACACAGGUGCUCAGAGGGCUUCCUAUCAUCCUUGGGGACAACCCCACAAACUUCUUCAAAGCAGGCUUUGAAUCUGAUGAUGAUGAUUAUUUUCGUGACCUUGACGUUGGGAUACUUCUUAUUGAGCGUGAAGGUGCUGUGCUCACAUCUUCCCAGCAUCUCAGUCCUGCCUCGUUGAAAAUCAUCAUUGAGGGAGAAGUCGUGAUGGACAAUAUUCAAGAUCUGCCAAAAGCAAUGUGCAUUCUGUUUGGACUCAUGUAUGCACUCCAUCUUAACUACCCCAAGACUAUGAAGCUCACAUUUCAGUUCAUCCAACAGGUAUUGCUCUUGUUAGGCCACAUUGACCUAAAGCCAAAGCUACAGACUUUGAAAAAUCAGCUUGCAAUGUAAAGAGAUGUCAAGUCUACUGUAAGAAGCUGUUGACUCCUUUUUUUUUUGCCACACUAGUAAAAUACUUUCUUACCUGUGGGGUAAACCUUUUUAUUUUCUGUAAAACAAGUGGACGAACAGACACACGUAAAACGCAGACACACACAAACAACAAACACAUUCAGCACCCACACACAACACACACAAACAACACUGACACACCUACACAAGUGCUGUAGGAAGCAUGCUGUAGGAUGUGACUUUUGUGAAAACUUGAGUUGUAGCAGAAAGACAAGACAUUGUUUCAGUUCUUCACCAGUCUAUGUAGAUGGAAUCCGAUUUUGUUCUGAUAUGAUAGUCUGUUGGUUCAAGCUCAGGCCUCUCUUCAUUUAGGCAGAUGAAACAGAUCCUGUUUGUUUGCAUUUCUUGUACAUUUGAGUGGGUGUUUCUGGUGGAUUUACCACUUAAAUCUCAGGAGACAUCUAUGUUUUUUUCUUGUAAAUUUGUGACGCAUUCAACACCCAAACACACACACGGCAACAUCCACAUACAACACACACAGCAACACAGACAGGCAACACCCGGACAACACCCACACACAACACAGACGCGGACAAACCACACACACAACACAGACGCGGACAAACCACACACACAACACAGACGCGGACAAACCACACACACAACACAGACAAGGACAACACAGACACACACAACACAGACACGGACAACACACAGACAACACACACAACACAGACAACACACACACAACACAGACAAGAGACAACACACACACGGAUAACACCCACACACAACACAGACAAGGACAACACAGACACACACAACACAGACACGGACAACACACAGACAACACACAGACAACACACACACAACACAGACAAGAGACAACACACACACGGAUAACACCCACACGCAACACAGACACGGACAACACACACAAACAACACAGACACGGACAACACCCACACGGACAACACACACAAACACAUACAACACCCACACACACAAACAACACAGACACGGACAACACACACAAACACAUACAACACCCACACACAAUUGUUUCAAUGAUUUUAAAUGACCUUUUUCAAGAUUAUUCAUGGUUGUGUUGAUGUUGACUUGAUGUUAAGUUUGUCAUAACAAGAUUGGCUGUUUUGCCAUUUAAAAUAAAUAAAAUGCAU